AUGACAUUGAUCUUGAAGCGUUCGGAACGAAAUAAGAUUAAUCGAGCUUCAAGUAAAGGUGGGGCACUCCAUACCACAGGAAGGAAGGCUCAUCAUGAAAUUGCACUUGACAUAAGUUCUAAGCUUGGGAGAGCUGUCUACCCCGAUGAACUUUUUGUGGCUACCCACAAAAAGAAGACUGGCGAUUGGGUUGAUCGUCGUUCUGAGAAAACUCAUGCCGAAUAUCAUGAAAAUUUGGCCAAAGUGAUACAAACUGAUGGUGGUGCUACUCGUGACACUCAAGAGGUUGAUGGAUCGCAAAGAAUUCAAAUAUGGAAAGAUGUUUCCAAGGGUAAGUCUCGGGGAAGAUGUUAUGGUACUGGACACUUGGCUAAAAACCUUAAGUAUAAAAACUUGAUUUAUGAGGCAGAGGCACCUCACAAUAGGGCAGAGAACCAGAUCAUUGAAGCUGCUAGAGCCGAGGCUGCUGCAGCACGUGCAGAUGCUGAGGCUGCUAGAGCUGAGGUUGCUGCAGCUCGUGCAGAUGCUGAUGCUGCUAGAGCUGAGGCUGCUGCGUCAACUGCGAGAACCAGAUCAUUGGAAAUAAAGUUUGAAGAAUUCCAAAGUCGCAUGAUGGCUUUGGAGACGACCUCCUGUAGUGGUCAUUCUCGUCAGAGUUCUCAUCCUCAUUAUGAUAAUGAAUUGGAUGAUCAAUCGGUUGAUGAAGAGGAAGAUGCUUGAUUUUGUUGGUUGUAGACUUUGUGGGUUAUUUUGAUGGUAAGUUUAAGAGCUAUUUUGAUAGGUUAUAUAUUUUGUGGGAUAUUUUGGUGGGUCAUAUAUUUUGUGGGUUGUUAUUUUGAUGGAUGUAGACCUUUUUGUUGACAUUCUAUAUAUAUGGUUAUAUAUGAGAAAUAGAUGGUCAUGUUAAGAAUUGAUGAAUUUAAAUGGAUGUAGACCUUUUUGUUGA